UAUUAGCCGACCAGUGUAUUACAGCACAAAAAGCUAUCUAAAAUGUCUGGAAGAGGCAAGGGAGGCAAAGGAUUGGGGAAAGGAGGCGCCAAGCGUCACCGCAAAGUUCUCCGUGAUAACAUCCAGGGUAUCACCAAGCCUGCUAUCCGCCGUCUGGCUCGCCGCGGUGGGGUCAAGCGUAUUUCCGGUUUGAUCUACGAGGAGACUCGCGGUGUGCUUAAGGUGUUCCUGGAGAACGUCAUCCGUGAUGCCGUCACCUACACUGAGCACGCCAAGAGAAAGACUGUGACCGCCAUGGAUGUGGUGUACGCCCUUAAGAGACAAGGACGUACUCUGUAUGGUUUUGGCGGCUAGAUAGUUACUUUGUACAACAAUCAAAACGGUCCUUUUCAGGGCCACACACAUUCAUCUGAGAGCUUCUGUUCCACUCAUUUUAAUACGUACUAUGUCGAAAUUAACCAUCAACUGGUGGGGUAAGAAUAUCCAGGAUAACAUAAGAUGGAGAUAUAAGUAUAAAAUGGACACAUGCAGCUUCCCUACCGGUGUUAAGAAAUAUUAUUUUUUAAAAUAUCCUUUUUAAAAUUGGAUGAUGCUUGUCUGAAUAGUGUAAUGUUUACAUAACCUUAAGCUACCGUUUACAUUCAGGAGCUGAGGGAAAGGUUCCAUUGUGAUUACUGCUGUUCACCUUGUAAGGAAGUUGAAUAGAAAAUUCAACCCAUUGUUAAAAAUCACACCUAGCUUCACAGUUUGCACCAAGGCUUGCCACGGUGCAAAAGCAUAAAAGUGGCAAAAUGCAUACAAAUACAUGAAUUUGUCCAUUUGGACAAUUUAUCCAUCUACCCGUUUUAGGGGAGUUGAGCAAGA